AUGAGCACUGAGCAUGGACAGCAGCAUCACCCUGGGGGCCGAAGGGGCUGUAGUCCUGGAGACAAGAAGUUCAAAAAGCGUAGCCGGCGCAAAGAAACCUACUCAAUGUAUAUCUACAAGGUGCUGAAGCAGGUGCACCCAGACAUCGGCAUCUCUUCCAAGGCCAUGAGUAUCAUGAACUCAUUUGUGAAUGAUGUGUUUGAGCGGCUGGCCGGUGAGGCUGCCCGGCUGGCCCAGUACUCGGGCCGAACCACACUGACAUCCCGGGAAGUCCAGACGGCUGUGCGUCUGCUGCUGCCUGGGGAGCUGGCCAAGCACGCCGUGUCUGAGGGCACCAAGGCCGUCACCAAGUACACCAGCUCCAAGUGACCCAGGGCCUAACAUUAAUAAAG